CCCGCCCUUGCAGCAGCGACGAUCAACGCGUUCGCGACCCGCGUGACCCGGAGCAAGACACCUCAGUUAGUGACCUCGCCUGACCUCGGCGGCGCCCGUGUGGUGCUCGUCAACGCCGCCCACUUCGAGGGCGUGUGGGAGGCGCCCUUCCCUCCGGAGAACACCCGCAGGGAGAGCUUCUUCGCCUCUAGCGGGCGGCAGCUGCAGGUGGACAUGAUGAGGCAGAAAAAUCUGUUCAAGCUAGGGUCUUCACAAGAGCUGGGCGCCCAAGUGCUAGAGAUGGCGUACAGAGGCGGAACAGCGUCCAUGUUCGUGUUCCUGCCCCUCGGCCAACAGGAUCCGCACCAGGUGCUCCUUCGCCUCAAUCCCACCACCUUCCUCACCGCCAUCACGUCCACGAGAGCUCAGGAAGUCGAUCUAAGUUUCCCCAAGUUUAGGAUCGAGACUGCCAUUCAACGGGAACUCUUAACGGCUCUCGCACGAAUGGGGAUCAACGACCUCUUUAAGGAGACCAGUGACCUGACGACCUUCUUCGCGGGGGGAGGUCGCCACCGGCUGGACUGGGUUCUCCACACGGCGGCGCUGAAGGUGGACGAGAGAGGGUCCCCGUCGGCGGCGAUCGCGGCGGCCCCUCGUGCUCCGGUCUCGACGCAGGAGUCCGUGCCCUUCCGCUGCGACAGGCCGUUCGUGUUCCUCGUUCACGACAAUGUAAAUCGAAACAUUCUCUUCGCGGGGGUCUUCGGGCAGCCGUGAGUCGCAGCCGAGGGAGGGGGGAGGGGUUGUUGUUAAGCGGGUUGGAGACGGCGAAUAAAUAUAUCUUAUAUCA